ACACUCAAAGUUUCCACUGUUUUUCACACUGCACAACUUUCCUGUCCAGCUGCUACCUCUGAGGACCGAGGACGCCGUUCAGGCCCACAAGACUAUGGUGACCACUGACCCCCACGAAAACCAGGACCUGGUGGUCCCUCCCCAGGUCCAGGAGCCGCAGGAGCCGCUGAAAGACCAGAAGAACCCAGAGAAACCGACCUUGGACAUGGCUGGAUUUGACCUGGAGAAGAUGGGUCAGGAACCUGUCAACCCCAUCACGGUCCUCACUUUACUGGACAAGCUGGUCAACAUGCUGGACGUCGUGCAGGAGAACCAGCACAAGAUGGAGGCGCACCAGGUUGAGAUGGAGGGCGUGGUCAGAGGGAUCCAGGCUGACAUGUUCAAACUAUCCAAGAGUCACACUCACACCUCCAACACCGUCAGCAAACUGCUAGACAAGAGCCGCAAACUUUCCGUCACCAUGAAGGAGGUACGUGACAAGAUGGAACGUCAGGGUGCACAGGUAAAGAAGCUGGAGGCCAACCACGCCCACCUGGCCAACAGAAACCUCUUUAAAGUCCUUAUCUUUCAGGAGGAGAACGAGAUUCCCUCCAGUGUCUUUGUGAAGGAUCCUCCACCAUUCCCUCGUGAUGAGAUUCUAGAAGAAGGGGAGGAGCCAGCACCAGGGGUUGAAGGUGAUCAGCCCUCGGAGGGUGGCCUCCAUACCAUCGACUUAUCAUCUGACGAGGAUGUGGGUCUGGAGGAGGAUCUGGAGGAGGAGAUGUGGCCUCAUGACCUGGAGAACAUGGAAAAGUCCAGAGCUGAGAAACUGAAACGCUCCAGUUUGAAGAAGGUUGACAGCCUGAAGAAGGCGUUUUCACGACAAAACAUUGAGAAAAAGAUGACAAAGAUUGGAACCAAAAUUGUUUCGGCUGAGCAACGAGAGAAGAUCAAACAGAAAACAUCCAGCCUGAAGGUGUCCCCUCUGACCUUUGGCAUCAAAAAGCCUCACAACAACUCUGACUCCCAGCCUCCUGAAGAACAUCCCGACCAGAUGAAGGAGAUUGCACUCCCUGAAGAGGACAUCCGACUGUCCUCGCCGGGCAGCGAUGAGCAGGAGGUUGUCUUCACAGAGGUCCAAAACCAGGCAGCGCCGGCAGAGCAGCAGGAGGAAGAGCCUUCGUGUGUGAACGUCAGCACGACAUCUGAAGGCAUCAGUGAGGAGUAUGCUAUGUCUACUACACUGCCUCAGGUGCAGGAACGCAAGGAGGAGCCUUCAGCAUCACUUGAGAAAUAAGAGUUUGUUCACAUGUUCUGUCAACGCAAUGCUAACAUGCACACAAAACAGUGUUGUCGUAUCUAGCACAAAAACACUGGAGCGAACCUUGUUAGAAAGUGGUACCUCGGUUUUCGUAUACCCCACAUUUUUGGGUGAUUCGGUCUUUGGCAAAAAUGUUGGCUAAAAUUGUUGCCGGUUUUCGUAUACUGUAUGGCCAAACAUUCGGUUUUAACAAGCAUGGGCGAAUUUGGACAAACAUUUUAUAGCAAUCCGUGCGCAGAUAUGUGCCGGCUACCCCUGCAGACAUAACAUAAUCCUGCCUUGCGCUGGCUGUGUCACUAUAGCUUUUUUUUUCCUAUCUCCGAAUUUCUUUGCACCACCUAUUUUUUACUUUCGUUCUCCAUUUUCUCUAUUUCUUUCCCCGCUGCAAAAAAAGUAUUAAUAGGGGUUAGUGCAUGUGCCUCACAAUACAAUACCUGAGUAGUCCUGAGUUCGAUCCCGGGCUCGGGAUAUUUCUGUGUGGAGUUUGCAUGUUCUUCCCGUGACUGCGUGGGUUCCCUCCGGGUACUCCGGCUUCCUCCCACCGCCAAAAACAUGCACCCGGGGAGAGGUUGAUUGGCAACACUAAAUUGGCCCUAGUGUGUGAAUAUGAGUGUGAAUGUUGUCUGUCUAUCUGUGUUGGCCCUGUGAUGACCUGGCGACUUGUCCAGGGUGUACCCCGCCUUCCGCCCGAAUGCAGCUGAGAUAGGCUCCAGCACCCCCCCGCGACCCCCAAAAAAAGAGACAAGCGGUAGAAAAUGGAUGGAUGGAUGGAAAUGUAAAAAAAACGGCUGUCCAUUGACCCAUUAGUAAUUGGCACCCUGGGAAAACUCCAAGAUGGCCAAUGCACCCCUGGUAACAAGGUAGUCCAUUGGGCCACGUGUCAUCACACAAAUUCAAGUGUCCAAUAAUCCACUAAGGGACUAAAGAAAGUUGUGAUUGCCAGCACUUUAAAAAGAAGGUGAGAAACACUAAUGAAACCAAGAACUCCAUUUCCUUCCAUUACCGUCUUUGCCAAGAAGAGUUUUUAAUUAAGGCAAAAGUAAUGUUAAAUUUGAAUUUGUCCAUUUCAUUCCUCAUUUAUUAUUGAAUUUCACAUGGUUUUUGCAUGCAAAAGUAUAAAUAUUCUCUAUGAAAAUUGUGUUCAUAUUUGUGGGUGUUGGGAAUGGAUUAAUUGAAUUUACAUUACUUUUUUGGAGAACAUUGUUUUUUGUACGAUUUUGGUUUUGGUCAGAUCUUUUGGAACUAAUUACUAAGGAAAACUGAGGUACCACUGUAUUCAUGCUGUUAUUAACUAAAGCACUUUCACAUUCUUAGCAUUUAUAUACCUUAAAAAAUACUAAUUGAAUUCAACAUUUUAAAUAGAUCCAAAAACAUAUACCCAAAACAUUACCACAAGGUUCUGACAACAUUCCAUGACAUGUCAAGAAAUAAAGAUGUGUGUCACAACAUGCUCACUUUUCAAUGGCUCGCCAUGGCUUACCGCUCACUUUGACAAACCAGUUUGAAGUGGUUUAGAUGGCUUUCACUUAUACAUUUUAACACUUUUCUUACAUGUAUAAAAAGCUUUGCAACCAAAGAAUAUUUAGAUUUUAUUGUACCUAAAAGACAAAAAUAAACCAUUGUGACUAUCA